AUGAGGUAUUUCAAGCUGUUCCCUUUGUGUUAUAAGCCCGUUAGCAGGGCUUACUGCUGUGAAGCAUUAAACAGUUCGACAAAUGUGCUUCACCGUCCUGUUAUGGCCAAAGAAACUGUUAAGUUUCUUAACCCUUCUGAAGGCGAUUUAUUUAUAGAUAUGACCUUUGGUGCUGGUGGCCACACCAAACUCCUUUUGAAUCAUUGCCCUUCAUUAAAAGUUAUAUGUUUGGAUAGAGAUCCCACAGCUUUUAACUAUGCACAAAUACUCUCAAACCAAUAUCCCAACCAAGUAAUACCUCUUCUUGGAAAAUUUAGUGAAGUCCCACAUCUGCUUUCAGGUAUGGGCUUAAAACAAAGCUCAGUUGAUGGUAUUUUAUUUGAUUUUGGAUGUUCUUCCAUGCAAUUUGAUCUACCUGAAAGAGGGUUUUCUUUGAGCAAGGACGGGCCUUUGGACAUGAGGAUGGAUGGAGAUCGUUUUCCUAACAACCCAACUGCAGCUGACGUGCUAGCAAUGGCAGAUGAACAAGAUUUAGUUAAAAUAUUUAAAAUAUAUGGGGAAGAAAAACUCGCCAAGAAGAUUGCAAGAGCCAUUGUAGAGGCUAGAUAUACCUUUAAAACUUUUCGAUCAACAAAAGAAUUUGCCGAUUUUGUUGCGGGCAUUUGUGACAGAGAUUUCAGGCUUGACAAAAUUCAGAGACAAGCUCAUAUAGCAACAAAAGUUUUUCAAGCUUUGCGUAUCUUUGUAAACAACGAAAUAAAUGAAAUCAACUAUGGAAUGGUAAUUGCUCAAAAGUAUUUAAAAGUUGGUGGUCGUUUGGUUACAAUUUGUUUUCAUUCCUUGGAAGACACCAUAGUUAAAAGACACAUUUCUGGAAGUACUAUCAACAAUGCUGCUAACAGGCUACCACAGAAGUAUAUUGACUGUACAAAGUCAUAUAACUUGGACGCUAUCGAAAAUGUAUUGUCAUCCUCUUGGAACAUGGUUCAUAAACAUGUUAUAACUCCAACAGAUGAUGAAAUCUAUUCAAAUCCUAGAAGUAGGUCUGCAAAACUAAGAGCAGUUGUUAAGCUUGAAAAUUGACAAUAGUGGAAACUGUAAUUGUAGUAAUUUGUAAAUCGCCUAAUAAAGCUAUGUAACAAAAAUCAAA